UCAAUCUGGACCGUCAGAUGGUGAGGCUGGCGACUAGCGAAGUGGUCCUCUGCUAUUGUCCCUCACUGAAGCCUUUCUCUCCAAUGUCUGUUAUCGGAUGAAUGCAAGCAAGGCUAUUGGACAUUAUUAUUGUCGGCCGUCUAUCUGAUUUAAAGUGGUGUGGUAGAGAGGGUAGUUGGCAGUUUGUUGAGAGUUGGCAACCCAAGGAUGAGCACCAGUCUUCUCGAGGCACUGUACGUGUGUAUCGAUUUCCAUCAAGGGACCAAUAUGACACAAAGAAACAGCUUGUAACGUGUUUGGGACGCAUGGGAUGCUUUCUUUUUUAUCCGAGCACAAUAUAUCUAAUCAGUGUUUAAACCGGGUUCAUUCAGUUUCACACAACGACACGAGGAGGCUACCCGUGGAGGGAGGAGCGAUGAAAGCAGCCCCAUCGCCAUAAACAACACUGGGUUGCUUUGUCUCCGCGGCGGCAGACCCAAUGAGAGUGACAUUUCUCAUCUUAGACUUUAGCUUUGCGGUUUGGACUCUACACAUGACGGCUUUUCUCCCUGACGAAUAACCAAGAAGGACAAUGCCCAUCUGAGUCAUAGAAUUUACCAAGACCCUGUCUGUAUUGUAUGUAAUCCAAUAGCAUUUAGUCACAAUUGGGUGUUUGGAGCAUACACCCCACAAUCGAGGGACGAGCCGUUGAAGCCAAUCGGAUGAAAGCGGACUUUUAGAAUCUUCAACGGGGAGCAGCCACGACCACCAUCAUCAGUGCAAGUGUUUACCUUAUCUACAUUCGGUGGGGUAUUUUAUCUGGCGACAAAUCGGUUCCAUCCGCUGUCUCUCUAUCUGGUAUUAAGUGGAUGGUGGCGUACGUGGAGGUAUGCAACAACAAGAGGAUACGUGUUUAGCCUAAUUGACUGAUAUCGCCUGGAAGUGCACCAGGUGCGUUGUUGCUGCUGUGGUGGUAUACGGCAGCCACAGCCUGGUCAACAACAGUGGUGAUUUUGGAGGUACAGGGACCCACGUGGAAAGGGAAGACUGGCUGUCACCAUGGGCUGUUGUAGCGGACGAUGCACGCUUGCCUUCAUUUGUGGGAUGCAGCUGAUCAGCAUUUUGGAGCGGCAGAUCUUUGACUUCCUGGGCUACCAGUGGGCGCCCAUCCUCACCAACUUCAUCCACAUCAUCACCGUCAUCUUGGGCCUCUUCGGCACCGUGCAGUUCCGACCCAAAUACGUGACUGGGUACGCCGUGUGGCUGGUGCUCUGGGUGACCUGGAAUGUCUUCAUCAUCUGUUUCUACCUGGAGGUAGGAGACCUCUCCAAGGACACAGAUCUGAUCAUGACCUUCAACAUCUCCAUGCAUCGCUCCUGGUGGAUGGAGAAUGGCCCCGGUUGCCGGGUGACCCCCAUCACCCCGGCGCCCUCCUGGGCCCCCAAGGACCACCGCUACAUCCGCAUCGAGGACUGCCUCAUGGAGUACCAGUAUGUGGAGGUAGCACACAGCUCCCUGCAGAUCCUGCUGGCGCUGGCCGGGUUCAUCUACGCCUGUUACGUUGUCAAGCUCAUUUCAGAGGAGGAGGACAGCUUUGACUUUAUAGGCGGCUUCGACUCCUAUGGUUAUCAGGGGCCCCAGAAGACGUCGCAUUUGCAGCUACAGCCCAUGUACAUGUCGAAAUAACAAGGAGACGCUGCCUUACGAACCAAUCACAUAAGAUGAAGGAACUGCUGUCGCAACACAUUUCUUGUCAUGUUUCUUAAAUGUCUUAAUGCUAAUAGUGUCUUACAAACGUAUCUGAGGGAAGGCCAGGCAACGACACUUUAACCUGAAAGACCCAAACACAUGAAAGGAUGACCAAGCAAAUGACUCUGGAUUUAUUUUAUUUUAUUAUUAUUAUUAUUAAUAUUAUUAUUAUUACAUCCUCCUGGCCUUUAAUCUCUUCACAGCCCUGUUUUUUUUUUUAUUUAAUCAAUGUGAUCCCUUCUUCUGCUAUGGAGCUAUGGAGUAUGAUUAUCUGCAGGACCAACAGCACCUCCCUGAGGACAAGACUAGAAUUGCAUCAGGGCCCUUCGCUUGCCCACAACUUGGGGGUUUUCCCCCUGGCUUCAUCCUUUGCUCUAACAGUGGCAGAGAAAGUGGAUCGCGAUCAAGGAUGGAUAUGUUUCCUUCAGAUGUUACCUGGAACAGGGGUGGGGAGGACCAGAGGAAGGGUGGAGGAGUCGGAUUAAGGAAGGUGGGAGUGAAGCAGUUGU